GCAUUCGUUUACUCUUCCUCUUCUACUUUUCCUGAAGUUUGGAAAUUCUAAGUACAUGCAAAAAAAUGGCAGAAGACAGUGGCUACGAAUCUGUUAUCUGUGUUAAACCAGAGGUCCAUGUCUACCGGAUCCCUCCCCGGGCGACGAACCGUGGAUAUAGGGCUGCGGACUGGAAGCUGGAUGAACCGGCCUGGAGUGGCAGGCUGAGGAUCACCGCCAAGGGCAAGAUCGCCUACAUCAAGCUGGAGGACAAGAUCUCAGGAGAACUGUUCGCCCAGGCCCCAGUGGAGCAGUACCCAGGGUCCGUGGUGGAGUCCGUCACAGACUCCAGCAGAUACUUUGUGGUCCGGAUAGAGGACGGAAAUGGGCGCGAACAAGGGCGACACGCGUUCAUCGGCCUCGGGUUCGCUGACCGCGGCGACUCCUUCGACUUCAACGUCGCUCUGCAGGACCACUUCAAAUGGGUCCGGCAGGAAGGUGAGCUGGCCAAACAGGAGGCCAGUCAGAGCACAGCUCCUAAGCUGGACCUGGGCUUCAAAGAAGGGCAGACCAUAAAGAUCAACAUUGGGAACAUAAAGAAGAAAGAGACACCCGCAGCUGGGGCUGCUAAGUCUCGACCAGCGAGCAGCGGGCUUCUUCCUCCUCCACCAGGGGCAAAGGGUGGUGGCGUAGUACCCCCUCCUGUGGCACAUCAGCCUGUACCACCCACGCAGCCGAACGCAGCAUCUCUGCUGGAUAUUGGGGGUCCAGCCCCCGCUGCCCAGCCCAGUCUCGAUUUGUGGGGAGACUUCACCACAGCGCCUGGCAGCUCCAGCAAGGAAACUGCCAGUACAGGAUGGGUGCAGUUUUAACUGUGAGAUGGGUUACACACACACAUGCACGCGCACACACACACACACACACACAUCCACCUCUCUGCAUUCCCUGGAUUGACGGUGCAAUGGAAAGAGACAGAAAUUCUUUGCACUGUGCAGAGUUUUCCUAAACCCCGACAAGUGGACUGACUGGUGGAGCUACACAUAAACACACACAGAGGUACACACACUUCAUUAGACUUACACCUUCAUACACGUCCAAACAUACAGUCAGACAUGGAGACUCAUGCACACACUAAGAAAAGUCAUCAGCGCCCAUUUUUUUAAAAUUUAGGCUGUUUUUGUAUUUUACUAUAUAUGGAUAUGUAUUUUCUCUCUAUGCAAUCAGAGUUGACUUUAUCAGACCAUUCAUGUUGUAAUUGAUCACGUAUUGGGGAUUCUCGCUUGAAUCGCAGGGAUAGAGGUAGGUUUCCGUAGUUCCCAAACCUCAAAGCUGAAUCGCGUUUUCCCCCACCCCCCUUUUCCACAAGUCCCUUGGAAGGAGUAACCGGAGGUGGGAAGGAGUUACAUCUCAUAUGUGUGUCUCAUGUUUCAUAGAUGGGUCGUAGACCCCGUCAGUACUGUCUGAAGACAGUUACAAAUGCAUUCCGUGUUACCGCACACUGCUGGGUGGGGUAAGCGCUCUCUCUGGAUUUUUUUGUUCAGUGUUUCUGAGUCCUCGUCUUUUUUUUGGGGGGGGGCGCUCACUGUAUCCCCUCUGUUUGCUUUACUCUUCCUCUCGGCCCUCUUUUCUGGAGUGUGAUGUCACCCAUCCCACGUGACCUUGAAACGUUGCACGUCUCCAGCGACUUUUGAUAAUGAGAUAUUUUCUGUAGUUGUAAUCAUUGUAGUCAGUGUGUUUAGCUGUGUUUUCCUCACCUUAAAGAGAUAGGCGGGGGGGGGGGAAACCAUCCCCAUCCCCCAAUAUUUCCCAUUUUUAUUUGCUAGUUUUUAGUACAGGGAGUGCGCAUGAGAAGGACAGAGAGGGGGGAUGUUCCAGUCCGCUCUUACUGUUGACAGACAGACAUGCAGACCACUCUACAUGUGACUGAACGGGGCUGACCUCUACAGAUCAGUUCUUUUUCCUUCGCUUGUCCAUCAAGGAAAAGACCUUUUGGACGUCUGAUAAAGUCUGAACUGUAGAUCCUGUUCUUAUUGGUUUAAUAUCUGAGCUAUUGCUUGUGUCUGGGGCACCAGUUCAUGUCAUACUUUCUUUGUUGUUUUUUGGAGCUGCUUUAUCUUCAUUUUUUCCUGUAUUCCCAUUUUAGAAUCACAAAUCUGGACUGUCCCGUAUAGCUGCAGUAUCCUCUGUAAGUUUGGGAGGCUGUACGUGAAGUCGCAAAAGAAAAAAAUGUGUGCAGUCAGCUACCCUGUCUCUGUAUGAUGGGGCGGUUGUUGCACAGGGGGAUUGAGGGACCUGAUUGGCUAGAGAUGUCGCUUAUUGUACGAGGACGGGGGAAUGCCCUCCCCCGUUGGGAGGGGUUAUGCCCAGCGAUGCAUUGCUCUGCAGCCCUGCUUGUAGUGUAUGACACUGGCAGGAUCACAGUUCCAUUGCCAGCCUAUAGGGGCUCAUCACUAAAAUUAGCUGGCUCUCUAGCUGGGUGAACCUCCAAGGAGCCAGGGUAUCAGUCAUUUGAUGAAGCCAGUCACAUGAUUUGUUGUCUUCUUGUCCAUCUGUCUGUCUAGAGUAAAUUAGCCCAAAGGACUAUUUUUGACUUUUUUUGUUUGUUUGUUAUAGAACACACCUGACCAGCCUGUUUUGAACAUGUGUGUUGAUGUUAAUCUCUUUAUUAUGUUGAUUGAUCUUAACCUCUUAUUGUGCCUUACAGAGGGGUCGGAAUAGUUUUGGUGGGUGUGGUGGUGUUUGAAAGAUCCCUUCCAAGUGCCUUUUUUGAUGUAACAGCACUUGUAUAAAUGUAAAGCAAUGCUUAAUUGUAAAUACAUUUCUUCUGACAAUCAUA